AAUUUUUUAAUUCAAUUAUUCUUUCAAAAAGUAUGUUGUUACCGUGUUAGUUUGUGUAUUAUUUAAUGUUUAAGUAGAUAAACAAAUCUAACCUUUUACCAAAGUACUUUACCGGAAUUGCAAAAAUUAAAAAAUUGUCAAUUAAUUGUUACAAAUAAAAAUGGUAAAACAGUGUAACAAGUAAUAGGGGAUACAUUUUCAUUUAAAUAUUUAUAAAUUGCAUUCUACAUAAUAAUUGUUAGAUAGAACAUCUAUAUUUUCAAAUUUAAAUUUAGAUAUUACAACAGCUAAAUAGCACAAAAAUGACUCUCACAGAAAUGGAACCGCUUAAAAUACAUUUAGAUGCUUUAGAAAUGGCAGGAAAAGUGGUAGACACACAUAUUACUGCAGAUAGCAACUUUCCUUCUUUAAUUAAUCUUAUGCGAUAUAAUGUUCAAGGUGGACCAACAGUUAGUGGUCUUGACAGUCAUGAUUAUCCAAAUGUAAAUGGAAUGUCAAAAUGUUUUUUAAACAUGAAUCAAAUGAAAGCGCAUAGUAAAAUUUCUUUACCAUCUGAAAUAAUGGAACAUUUUCAUCACAUGCAAUGUCAUUGUAUGAUGGGUCUUUUCACAGAAAUAUCAAAAGCAUGGCUUACAAUUGAUAGCGAUAUAUAUGUUUGGUCAUAUGAGAAUGAGUCUGAUGUUGCAUAUUUUGAUGGAUUAAAUGAAACUAUUAUAAGUGUAGGUUUAGUGAAACCCAAAUCUGGGGUGUUUCAAUCUUAUGUAAAAUACUUAUUGAUUCUUACAACCACAGUGGAGAUAACUAUUCUUGGAGUUAUGUUAACAGAAACAACUGAAGGUGCUCCCCCUGAAAUGCAACUGGUUCCUGAACCAAUUUUUACAGUCACUACAGAUGGUAUUGGUAUUACAACAAUAGCAAAUACUAAUAGUGGAAGAAUUUUUCUAGGUGGUAGAAAUGGUUCUCUUUACGAAAUAUACUACCAGGCAGAAAGUAGUUGGUUUGGAAAACGUUGUAAAAAAAUAAAUCAUUCCGAAGGUCCAUUAUCAUUUUUAGUCCCAUCAUUUGUUACUAUUGCUUUGUCAGAAGAAGAAGCAAUAAUACAAAUUUCGGUUGACGAUACCCGUAAUAUUCUGUACACUCUUGGUGAUAAGGGAACAAUUGCAGUUUGGGAUAUUGAUAAUGAAGGUGCAUCCAAAAUUGCAUCUUUAUCACAAGCCUCUUUAGUACAAAAUGCUGUUCACGUUGUUAAAACUUUGGAUAGUAAUAAUUUUCGACCAUUGGUGAGCAUAUCUGCUAUUACAGAAUCAGAGUCAGUACAUUUAAACUUAGUUGUAGUUGCAGCUACUGGAACGCGUUUCUACUUCAGUUGUACUUCAGUUACUAAUCCAACAACUAGACCACAAGGUCUUCAGUUAAUACAUGUUAGACUACCACCAGGCUAUGCUGCUAAUGCUACAGUAAUGAGGCCAAGAAAGGUACAAAUGGCACAUUACAGAAAAGGAACUUUAAUCCUUGUUUGUGGUGGAGAUACAGAAACUGCUUUAUGUCUAAGUAAUGAUGCUUACCCAUUUACAACUUAUUUAGCUGAAACUCAGAGUCCUUUAUUACUUGAUAGUCCAGUAUGGGCCAUGGCAGAAAUUCUUGUAGAACCAGCUAUACGUAUUGAAAAACAAAGUACUUCUCAAGGGGAACCUCCUCUUAUUGUAAGACAGCACAUGGAAGCUCCUCGAAAAUUUAUAUUUCUGACAUCCCAGGGCGCUAUAAUUUUUGUACAAGUUCGUCCAAUGGAUAUAUUGAAGCAGCUCCUACUAGAACAACGUGGGCCCGAUACUGAAGCGGUUCGGGCAUAUUUUCAGUCACAAACAUUAGAACAAGCAUGUGCAACAUGUCUUAUUUUAGCGACGCUUGAAAGUUCUCAAAAUGCCGAGUUGGCAGAGUGGGCAACAAGAGCAUUUUUUUUAUACGGUAGUCAACCAACGACCAACAUUGGACCUGCCAUCGAUUUACAUAAUAUAAACGCAGGUGAUAUGCGCACUUCGACACCAAGAGUGCCAAACUAUGAUUCAAGACUGCAAGGAUUUCGACCUCACGCACCACUUGGACUUAAUACAGAUAUUUCUUUACAACAGUUUUCAGCUAAGCACAACGGCUUGUAUUUAUACGUAGGAAGAAUACUUCGACCCAUAUGGAAUAUGCGGUGUAUUAAGCAAGAAGUUAUAAAUAAUAAAACGCAGAUCUCUAGUACAAUUUCAACAAGACAAGUUAGUUGGAUUCUAGGUCUCCUUCAAGCAUUAAGAUCGUUUCUCAAUAAAAAUACCCAUAUUACAAAGCAGCAUGGGACAACCAGAAGUAUCUCCGACGGUUUUGAAACAACUAUGGGUAGUCAUUAUCAAGAACCAAUAGUCGAAGAAAGAAAUUCCUUAGCUGCAUUAAAAAUCUUUAUUAUUCAUGCCUGCGAAGUUUUAGAACUUUGGAGAAUUUUAUGUGAAAAUAAUCUAAAUAAUAUUGUAAACUGUUUAUCGAAGGACCAGGUCAAUCAAUUUUCUACUGCUACAUUCCGGGAUUUAAUUUUAAUUGGCCAUGAAAUUUCUUCGUUGUUAAUUAUUCAUCUUAUAGAUAGUUAUCUUGGAGAUAAUGCUUCCAUUGACAUUAUUAGUCAAAGAUUACGGGAGGUUUGCCCAAAUUUAUACAGAAGCGAAGAUGCUGUUUGUUCUAAGGCCAAUGAAAUCAUUUUAAAAGCAAAAAGUUGCACAAACCCAGAAGAAAAGGAAUGUUAUUUGCAAUCUGCCUUAAAGCUUUGUAAAGAAGUUGCCCCUAUACUAAAUUUAAGUGCAGUAUGUCAACAAUUUGUUGCCUGUCAGUUUUAUUCGGGUGUACUGGAGCUAUGUCUCUGCUGUGCAGAAAGAGUAGAUCACAAUAAUGCUGCAUUACAUUAUUACAAGAAUAAUGAACCAAUUGAAGAUCAAGAAGGACGAUUUGCUUAUAUGAAAAGGACAGAAAUUUAUAAAGAAUUCAUUACACUGCUGGAUCAUCUUUAUAAUCAAAGCAUUUCAAAUCCGUUGACUCCAAGUAUACCUAGCAGACCUGGACCUCCCCCUCAAAAUGCUUCGACUGCACCUGUUACUCCUGCAAAGGAAAUAUUACAUAAAAUGAUUAAUGACGCAUUACAUUCCUCAUGUGAGAUUCUUCACACAUCAGUAUAUACCUGGAUGAUUGACAGAGGGCUUCACGGCGAACUCGUUGCUUUCGCAGCGCCUUCUUUAGAAGCGUACCUUACACGUUUUGAUGCACCAAAUUUACUUUGGCAAUUUUAUGAAAAAAAUAAAAAUCAUGCUGCAGCAGCUAAAAUUUUGGACUCUUUAGCUACUAAAGAAUCAAAUAUUCCAUUGUCUCAAAGAGUUGAAUAUUUAACACGGGCAGUGGUUUGUAUGCGAAGUGACCAAGCUGGUUAUGCUCCAUACCUUGGUAUUUUUCUACGUGAAUUGGAAGAUAAAGUUGAAGUAGCUAGAAUUCAACAACAGAUAUUAGAGACAAUUUACAAUCAACAUCUGCAUGAUAGACUUAGCGAAGAUGCGCUUAAAGCAUUAAAAUUUUCGUUACUUGAUAUCACAAAGUUGUAUGAAAAAUAUGCGGAUCCUCUUCAAUUAUGGGAAUGCAAAUUAUCUAUAAUUCACUGUUCCGGCCAUCAAGAUGCAAUGUUAAUUCAAGAAAUUUGGACUAAUAUCAUAAACAAUGAAUUGAAAGCAUCUACUGCAUCCAAUGCAGAUGAUAAAAUGGCUAUUUUAACGAGUAAAAUUAUAUCCCUUGGACAAGAAUACUCUGGAUCGCCACAUUGUUUCCCAGUUGACUUUUUAAUAAAACAGCUGGAAAUUAAAGCAUGUAACUUGAAUGUAUUAAAUACUGGAAUUAUAUCUGGGUUUCUACAGUUAGGAGUUUCAAUGGAGGAUCUUUUAGAUAUUUACAAAAUGAUCGGUAAAGAUACUCGAACAUGGUUAAAUGAAGGAAAUGAAUUUCAUCUUAUAGAAUCAACAGCAAAUUUGGUUAAUUAUUUUAUAUCCCAUUCUAAUGUUACUAAUAACUUCAUCAGACGGAAAAUAAUAACAAAGUGUCAAGAUGUCAUUUCAAAGUGCUUAACCACUCUAUAUAGCAAACCACAUGGACAGGAAUUAAUAACAAAACUUAGGUCAAUUCAAAGUGUUCUAAAUCGUAUGUAAAAAGGUAUUGUUUUUAUAAAGAAAUAACAUUUUAUAAAAUUGUAUAAAUCAUUGAAUGAAAACAUUUUGUAAGAGGAUGUUAUUGAGUAAUAUACAAUGUAAAUAAAAAAGUCACAGUUGCUCAAAUACUUUCCAUAAAUUUGAAAGCGGCAAUUUUUGUGUUGCAAACUAAAACUUUUUGAAUUAAUAAAGAUCAUUUCAGAAAAUCUAA